AUGAAAUUCAAACUCGGUUUUGCAUCUGCUCUUGUGCUUGUUUCCAGCCUGACGUCAAUGACCAGCGCGCACACAUUCCUGCGCACCCUUACUAUUGAUGGCAAGCAAACAGAGGUUGGCCAGUGUAUUGAGCCCUACCAUGGCCCUGACAAAACUAGUGGAGUCAAGGACUCUGCGUCCGACGAUAUAACCUGCAGUAUUCCCGGCUCAAGCCCCGCACUUUAUAUUCUCGGCUCUUACAGUGCUGAAAAAGCCGUUGACCAUAAUACUUCUGCCACUAAUAAUGCUAAAUCUGUAGAACUUAAUGAUGAGUCCAGCCCGUAAAGUGUUGAAAAGGUGGGGAAAUCUAGCAGCAGUGGUAAACCCCAUGAUUGUAACAAGAAGCCCCGUCGCCGUAGAUGAUUAGCGAGCCCCUAUUGUAUGAAUACGUAUAUUCAUUUAAAUAAUAAGAGGUUUAUAACUUGCAGCAACCGAUGUGUAAAAAAUGAUUGAAGUUAU